AGAAAACGUCAUCUUUACGUCUUCCGUGAUUGGUUAUUAGCAUAUGACACCGCCCACGAUUCAGGAAAAGACCAGAAGAAGUCAACAUGAGUGCUCGUUUGAAGGUGAGGAUAACAUUUAUUACUAUUAUUGAAGAAAACACUAACAUAAGACAUUGUGAAUUGCAUAUUCCUUUGUUUGUUUCGUUUAAAAAAUACGUGUUUCUUUUGAUAACAAUUAAAAUUCAGGGAAAUCGAACGUACAGCCACUUUAGCUGAAGUCACAGCUGUCACGAUGGGGAAAUUACAAAUGUUGAUUUUCUUUAUAAAUGCAGGUGCUGAGCGUGUUUAAAUCGCUGCACAGAACAAGGCUGGCUGUUUUCAAAGAUGACAAUAAAGCACUAGCUGGUGAGUGAUAUAUGAGUGUGAUUUUUCUAAAACAGGAGAGUAUCCUGGUCCAUAGUCUUUACUAAACCGUAAUAAUUUACUAUUUUUCCUUAACAAUUCACUAUUUUUUCCUUAAUAAUUCACUCUGUUUCCUUCCCCAAAGCUGCAAGAUUAAAGAUCAACGAGGAGUUUCGCAAAAAUAAAGAUGAAACUUCAGAGGAAAACAUCCAGAAGGUACAGUGAAAGAUAACAAUCCAAGUCGAACAUAUAGAAUCAUGGCUUAACCAAAAAGGGUCUCACCUAUGGGUCAAAAGAGUGCUAGAAGUCAUAAAGUGAGAUAUAAAUUACUCCAUCUUUUGGGCAGUAGGGGGUUCCGUCAUGGUGUUUCAUUUCUUUCCAUAUGUGACUACAAAUCCCAAACCUAGUACAAUUUUUAUACUUUGAGGAUUGAAGCCUUUCUCUGUAUUUUGUUUCUCUUUAUUUAAGUUUUGGUCCAGAAUAAUUGAUCUACAGUAAACUGGCUAGAGUAACUAACACUAACGUUGAUAAGGAGAUUUAAAGUUCAUGUCAAGAUACUUCUUGAUGUAGUUGUAACAGGAUUUAUUUGAAAAAAUAAUGUAUGUAAAUAAUAAUACUUUUUGCACUGUAGCACAGUUACUCUAAGGACUAUAGGGUUAAGUUUUAUGGAUUGUUAAAGCAAUUUAAAGUUAAAAAAAAAAAGGAUCUGGUGGGAUGAAGGUUAAUAUUACAAAAACUAAUACAGCUCUUUAUAAACAGUUGUAACAGGAUGUAUUUGAAAAAAUAAUGUAAGUAAUAAUACUUUUUGCACUCAAGCACAGUUACUAUAGAAAUAAUCUGCAAUGUAAUAUAAAUUCUGUUAAACAAAAAAUGUUUGAGAAGCACGAAGAUCAGUGGAAACAGGAUAUAUGGAAGAAACCAAAGCUCAGAAAUUAUGUUCAGUUCAAGAAGAAUUAUUUUACAGAACCUUAUAUUUUCCUUAAUUUAAAGAGAAGACAGAGAUCUCUCUGUGCUCAGUUGAGAACAGGUACCUUACCUCUGGCAGAAGAAGUGGGACGAUUUAAAGGCUUACCGGAAGAAGCACGUUUGUGUGAAUUCUGUGAUUUACAGGUGGUUGAGGAUGAAUUUCAUUUUGUUUUCAAUUGUCCCUUAUAUGUUGACUUAAGGACUGUCAUUUUUGAAUCAAUUCAGUUUAAAAAUCCUGAUUUAUUUUGGAAGAGUGAAGGUGAGAUUUUGGGUUGGUUGGUUGUUUGAAAAGGAUGUUUUUGUUUUGGCAAAAUUUGUUAAAAAGGCUUGGCAUAUGCGGCAAAGUAUUUUGUACCCUGUAGGAUGAACUUUUUUGUUUUUCUUUCAUUAUAAAUAAAAAAUAAAAAAAAUAAAAUUAUUAAAAAAAUCAAUAAAAUUAUCAAAUCAAAUCAAAAUAAGGACUGUUGAUUGUUUUGCGUUUUUCAAGCACAACAGCACUUUAGUAUGUGUAGUAUGUUGCUAUAUAAAGUCAACCCUUUUGUUUGUGCCCAGGGAUUCAGUGUGUCCAUCUCAUCAUCUGUUUGUUUUACAGAUGAUCAAAAUGGGCUCAGAUGUGGAAAUUGUUCUUCGAGAGACGGUGCUACAAAUGGAACAUGUUGGAGAACAGAGACUUUGUACGUUGUUGCUUUUCUCGUUCUUGCCUUGUCCUUUUGGAAUGUACAGAAAAGUAACAUAUGUAUGUAAAUGAAAUAGACUAGAAAUCUUUUUUUACUUGACUAAAUAAAUAAAUGAAUGAUGUUACAUUGUUUUAUGUACUUAAGUUUUCCUUUUCUCCCGUAGUGCUUCGACCCAGAGAGCACCUCCUACUCGAAAAUGUACCCUAUUGUGACCAGCCAAGGAAAAGGUCAUGACAGCUCAUCCAAUAACACCCUUUUCAUAAAGAAAGAGAUUUACUGUAAAAUAUUGCCAUCAGUUUGCAUCUAAAGGGAUUUUCCUAAAACAACUGUAAUGCUGUUUUCCAUAACGGAGACCCUUUUUUAAGAUCAUCUGAACAUUGAAAGGAGACUGAUCAGUCACUGAAGAUCUCAACUGCUCUGCUAUGAAAUUCUGUAAAUUAAAUGGCAUGGUUUUGUGUACAGUAUUUAACAAAUAUGACUGAAAGAGUCUGAGGUUCAAAUGGGAGUUUGCUUAUUUCUCAGCAGUGUAUGUUUGAGUCAUGUGAAAGUUACUGUGGAGUGAAUGAAAACAUUAAGUUUCAUGUCUAAUAAAUAAAGAGGUGUAUUCCAAAAGUGA